UCACCUCUGAUGCUCAACGCACCAGUGCAUCAACGCCUUGCAUUGUCACAGUAUACAAUUUUCCUGUGGCAUUCCUCUAUACAUAAUGCUGCAACUUCACCCGUAAACCAUUUGUAGAAUAGGCUUAUAAAUAAGACUCAGGCAGACUAAGAUGAACGCCAUUGACGGCACGGAUCGUCAAAUAAAGGCAGACGACAGACCCCCGCCCUCUCUCCUCGCCAUAGUCCUCGACACAAACCCGCAUGCCUGGGCCCACCUGUCCUCCGUCCUACCCCUCUCCGCCGCCAUAUCUAAUCUCCUCGUCUUCAUAAAUGCACACCUCGCGUCCGGCAAUGCAAACGAAAUCGCCGUCAUCGCAUCCCACACACACAAGGCUGAAUGGCUAUACCCAACCCCCAAAGACAAUCUACCACGCAGGCGUCCCAACGGAGCCGCGAACGGAGAUAUAGAAAUAAACGGCCUGCCCAAAGAGCCCAGCGUACCCGAGAACCCGAACAAAUACAGGCAAUUUGCUGUGCUUGAAAACGCCAUUCUCUCAAACUUCUCCAAACUUCUGGACUCGACGACCGAAAGGGAUCUUGCGUCCACACCCACAACCCAGGUUGGUGGCGCACUCUCCCUCGCCCUUUCGUACGUUGCAAAAUCCACGCUCCUCCAUUCCCCCGUAGACUCUCUCGCAGGCGACAAUCCGCUUUCUGCACUCGCAGAUUCAGAGACAGUGCAUACAGCGCGUGUAUCACUGACCUCGCGGAUAUUGAUUGUCUCCGUCUCUGGCGAUUUAGCCAACCAAUACAUUCCAGUGAUGAACUCGAUAUUCGCUGCACAGCGAAAGCGGAUACCAAUAGAUAUUCUCAAGUUGGCCGGGGAUACGGUAUUGCUACAGCAGGCUUCGGACGCCACAGGCGGGGUUUAUAUGAAACCCGAGAGACCGGAAGGGCUCCUACAAUAUCUCAUGAUGGCAUUCCUACCAGACUCGACAGCCAGACGAAGUCUCAUCAUGCCCAGCACCAGCGGCGUAGAUUUCCGUGCCGCAUGUUUCUGUCACCGCAAAGUAGUUGACAUUGGCUUUGUCUGUAGUGUGUGCCUUAGCAUAUUCUGCACCCCAGAUCUACCCUCCAAUCUCUGUCUGACAUGCGGAUCCUACCUCUCUCUCCGCAGUGCCCAAAUUGCUACCCCGGCUCUCAUCCCCCGCAAAAAGAAAAAGAAGAAACGAGCCGGUGGCACCGAUUCUGCGACCCCUGGUGGAAACACGCCGGCAGGUUCAGGUACGCCUAUGCAUGCCUAGCGAACUUCUCAGAGGCUGGGUGAUGGGUGUUUUAAUGUAUGAUCUAGAGAGCAUCCAGAGCUGAGGGAACUCGGGCGGGAUUGCUGUGUUCGUAUUGUCGGUACUUUCAGGCGUUGGAACAGGAUUAUCAUCAUGCUGUGACUGAUUAACGUCAUGUUUAGAGAGCUAGAGUCUAGAGUCCAUGCAAAAUCUUUGGCCACAGUAUCAG